UCCGCUGCUGUGUUUAUCAGUUUAUUUUGAGCCGCUGCCAAAUAACGACGCAUAACAAUUCAGCUGUGUAAUUUGGGCUGCAAUCGUCACUGGACUUUUCCACUGUUAUUCUACAGAUAAUUCUAAAAAAAAAAGAUGGCACCACCUAGCAGCGUCCCGCAUGCGUUUUUCGAUAACGCAAACAGCAUCCCAAUGAUCGGUUUGGGAACCUGGGGGUCUCCGUCAGGCCAAGUGACGCAAGCCGUCAAGGAUGCGAUCGAUAUCGGCUAUCGGCAUAUCGACUGUGCUCACGUGUACGAAAACGAGCACGAAGUAGGCGAUGGAAUCGCGGCUAAAAUCAAGGAAGGCGUGAUCAAGAGAGAGGACAUAUUCGUCACCAGUAAGCUGUGGAACACUUUCCACCGGCCUGAGCUGGUCGAAGGAGCGCUGCGUACGACGCUGAAAAAUCUUCAGCUAGAUUACUUGGAUCUGUACCUGAUUCACUGGCCAGUGGCAUACAAGGAAGGUGAUGGGCUGUUUCCCCUCGGUCCGGAUGGCAAGACUUUUAUCUUUUCCGACGCGGACUACGUGGACACGUGGAAGGCAAUGGAAAAGCUGGUCGACGCAGGGCUAGUUAAAAACAUUGGCCUAUCCAAUUUCAACUCGAAGCAAAUCCGACGGGUGCUGGACGUGGCUCGCAUUAAACCGGCUACCAACCAGAUCGAGAACCAUCCUUAUCUGCAGCAGUCCAAGCUGACAGCAUUUUGCGCCGAUAAUAACAUCAUCGUUACCGCUUACAGCCCGCUGGCGUCUCCUGCUAGACCAUGGGUGAAAGAGGGCGACGUUGUUCUGCUGGAGGAUAAAAAAUUGAAAGCGAUUGCGGAGAAGCAUGGCAAGGAACCGGCACAGGUGCUGAUCCGGUACCAGAUUCAGCUGGGUCACGUGGUGAUACCGAAAUCCGUCACCAAAUCACGAAUCGCUUCCAACUUCGACGUCUUUAGCUUCGAGCUGGACGCUGACGAUAUGAAACAGUUGGCCGCUUUGGAGCGAAACGAACGCAUCUGUCCGGAGUUUGGAGCCUACGGUCAUCCGCAUCAUCCGUUCGAAAACGAUGAGUAGAAAUGCGGAAUGAUUUUUUUUUGUUCACGCUAGUUUGAUUUGAACGAACAAAUUGGCGAGAUUACACUUGCAUGUUGAGAAGUUGUUAUGCGCAAUUGUCACUGGAUUGCUUAGGUUAGGAAAAAUAUAUUCAUUCAUAGCUUGAAGUCGAGGUAGGCGUUAAAUUGGCUGUCAUUCUUGAAAACUGUUCUACCUAUCAACGCACAUAGGAGUAUUUGACCCAAAAAGUUGGCCAAAAGUCCGACAUACAAAAUACACGAUUUCCAUUAUUUUUAAUUGA